AUGGGUCAUCGAAUCGUCUCUAGCGGCUGUCAUCCGGCGGAGCAGAAAAACAAUGACUUUGCGGCUCUCCAAUAGUUGUCACCUGACGGAGAGGAGUUGGAUGGAGGUGGGGUGCGUGUCAGGGAGCUUCAUCCUCAGGUCCACACAGCAAGAGGAUGCUCUUCAUUGUAUCUGAUAUGCUCUCAGGAGGUGGCGACUCAUCUGCUAGUGGAUCGUCCUCUUCCCGACGACAGUUUGUUCAUCGAUCAAUCAGAGAUGCUUUACUCGACGGAUUCACGAUCCUUUUAUCACGAAUCAUUAAGCAAUUAUAGUAACAAUGCUCCAUGAUAAGUCUUCAUUAUCAUGAGUUAAUAAUUAGUAAAUAAUACAGUUUUAGCCUUAACUCAUGAUAAAUAGACUUAUAUUUGUGUUAAAAAAUGAUUUGUGGUUUUCAGUUGAUUAACGUGAAUUUUUGGGUAAUUAUGUGAUUUUAUACGAUUUUUACAAUCUUACUUUCGAGAUAAAUGAAGAACAAGAAAUAAAAAUAAAAAUAUUGCAAAAAUGGGGGACCCGCCGGGCCCGCAAGCGGCUCGGAAGCGCAGUCGGGGAGUAGCCGCGAGCAGGGGCUUGAGCGGCUUGGCUUGGACUGAUAGGGCACGUGUAUGCCACUCCCUUUCCACGUCACCGGUGGCCAGCCGGCUGUGGGGCAAGGAGUGGUCGUACACGCGAGAGAAGAGACUUUGCUUACAAAGCUAACAUUACUAUAUAUUUGUCCGAAAAAUCGGUGCACAACCGAUGUGGGACUAAACCCGCAUCACACCUUCCUCAGAAGAGGCGGGCGACCGGCACGGGUUUGAAUCCUCCCAGAGUCAAAAUUCAUAUAUUUUUAUCUGAUUAUCGCGACUUUCCUGCAGAUCGCCGGUGAAGGAUUAAGCAACGAGAAUCGCUGGAUCAUCGGCGAAAAUCUCGUCAACACGAUUCGCGGAGCAUUGCUACUAAAAUUGCUGAACGAUUCGCGAUAAAAGGAUCGCGAAUCCAUCGAGUAAAUCAUCUCCGAUUGAUCGACGAACAAACCGUCGUCGGAAAGAGGAUGAUCCGCCAGGAGACGAGUCGCCACCUCCUGAGAGCGUACCAGAUGCGAUGAAGAGCCUCCUCUUGCUGCGCGGACCUGAGGAUGAAGCUCCCUGACACGUGCCCCACCUCCAUCCAGCUCCUCUCCGUCGGGUCACAGCCGCCGGAGAGCCGCAAAGUCGCCAUUUUUCUGCUCCGCCAGGUGACAGCCGCCAGAGACGACUCAGCGACCCAUUUCAUUGAUCUCUAGACUUCGUGAGAAGAUCUAGAGAUUGCCCACGUCGUCUUUGUCCAAGGAGAGCCUUCGAGGCCGUGGACACUACACAACGAUCCUCCCGAACGCUCAGGAUUCCGGUGCAUCGCCGACGCAUCGCCGUCGCGACGCCGGAACUCUGUUUUCCUGCUUUAAACUUACUUUACACUUCAUUUAGUGAUAUUUCUUUGUGAUUUUAAUUUACCAAAAUAUACUUUGUUCUAUUACGAUUCUUUCGGCUUUUACAGAUCUUAAUUUGAUUAAUUAAAUUGUCUGUAAUCGCUUACGUAAGAAUCGCCGGGCGGAACUCUGUUUUCGCCCGAUUCGCGUUCGUCGGGCGCUGACGUCAUCCUGACGUCCGCGCCCUUAUUUCCCUUUUUCAUGAAUUUUAAAUAUAUUUCCUUUUUAUUUCCUAGUAUAAAAUUCAUAGAAAAUCGUAUUCAUUGAGAAAAAUUCUGAAUAAUUACGAGAUAUUAUAUUACAUCCCUGUGAUCGACCUGAAAAAUUACCGCUAUUUUUGGAAGUUUUAUUGAAUUAUAAUUGCUAUAUUUAUUUAGAAAUACUUCUAAAUAUCCGAAAAUUCGUAUUUUCUAGUUUUAUAAAUUUAAUAUUUGUGUGAUUUAAUAUACAACGACUGAGUCACGUCACUCCACGAAUCGAGUUGACGAGAUUUUUACCGAUGAUCCAGUGAUUCUAGUUGCUUAAUCCUUCACCGGCGAUCUACACGAAAGUCGCGAUAAUUAUAUAAAAAAUAUGAAUUUUGGCUCUAGGAGGAUUCAAACCCGCGCCGAUUGCUCGCUCUUUCUAGGGAAGGUGUGACGUGAGUUUAGUCCCACAUCGCUUGUGCGGCAAAGUGUCUGUGAAUAUAUAAUAAUAUUACAUUUCCGAUCAAGUCCCUUUCUCAUGCAUGUACAACCACUCCUUGCUCCACAGUCGGAUGACCACCGGUGACGUGGAAGGGGGGUGGCGCACAUGUGCCCCUAUCCGUCCAAGCCACUCAAGCCCCUACUUGCGACUACUCCCCAACUGCACUUUCGACCUGCUUGCGGGCCCGGCUGGCUAGUGGGUCCCUCCCAUUUUGUCUUAUUUUUAUUCUUCAUUUAUCUCAAAAGUAAGACUGUAAAAAUCAUAUAAAUUCAUAUAAAAUCACAUAAUUACCCAAAAAUCACAUUAAUCAACUGAAAACCACUUUUUACACUUUAACACAAAUAUAAGUCUAUUUAUCAUGAGUUAAGGCUAAAACUAUAUUAUUUACUAAUUAUUAACUCAUGAUAAUGAAGACUUAUCACCUAUCCUCUCUUGACAGAAUCUCUUGUAGCGCGAUGUUGCAUGCUUACUUGGUGUCUCGUCUUUGUAGUCCUGCACACAUGUCGUGUCUCUUGCCGCACGCACCUGUUUGCCCAUCUGAUGCUUGCCCAAAAUUGUCUUGCACACCCGCCCGACAUGUCACUACGCCUACACACUUGAUGGCGCCAUCUCUUGCCGGUGCUCCGUGCACCAACUAUAGGUGCCGCAUGCGACACCUCCUAGUGUCCCACACACCGCCUCUUGGUGCUGCCCCUACAUUGCCUCUUGGUGCCCCCACGUCGCCUCUUGGCACCUUGCGCGUUGCCUCCUAGUGCCCCACAUGCAUUUUGUGCAGAUUGUGGUAUUCUUGUCAACAAGUUUAACCAUGCUUUAAUGACAACUUAGUUUCUUCUUUAUUCUCUAUAAAACUUGAUAGUCAAAAUCUUGAGACAAUAGUGAGGUUAAAGAGGAUUGUCAAGAACUAAUUAAUUGUUAGAUAGAAGUUGAACUUUUUGACUAUCAAGUUUUAUAGAGAAUAAAGAAGAAACUAAGUUGUCAUUAAAGCAUGAGACAAUAGUGAGGUUAAAGAGGAUUGUCAAGAACUAAUUAAUUGUUAGAUAGAAGUUGAACUUUUUGACUAUCAAGUUUUAUAGAGAAUAAAGAAGAAACUAAGUUGUCAUUAAAGCAUGAGACAAUAGUGAGGUUAAAGAGGAUUGUCAAGAACUAAUUAAUUGUUAGAUAGAAGUUGAACUUAUAGAGAAUUUUGAUUAAAAAAUUAUUUACAUGACUUAGUCAUUGUAUAAUAAAUCACGCAAAUUUAAAAUUUAUAAAACUAAAAAAUACUAAUUUUAUAUUUAAAGAAAUAUUUAGAAAAAAAUAAAUUAUUUAUAAUUUGAUAAAAGGUUUUAAAAAUAGUGAAGAAUUUCUAGGUCGAUCAUAAGGAUAUUUCAAAAUUUACUAAAAGAAUAUAAUUUGUAAUAAUUUUUAGAAUUAAUGAUGAUUAUAAAAUAUAUUUAAAAAUUCAUGAAAAAGGAAAAUAAGGGUGUGGACGUAAGGAUGACGUCAACACUUUGAAGAAUGUAAAUCAUGCAGAAAUAGAGUUCUACCUAGUGAUUCUUACAUAAGUUUUUAUAGAUGAUUUAAUGGGUCAAAUUAAGAUCUAUAAAAAUCAAAAGAAUUGUAAUUGAAUGAAGAAGAUUUUUCAAAUUUAAAAUUACACAAAAUGUCACUAAAUUUAGUAAAAAUUAAGUUAAAAGCAAAGACAAAGUUUCAACCUCGUGAUAGCUAUUGUCAGAAUUCUAUAUAUUCGAGAGGAUCAUCAAAUGAUGUCCAUGACCUCAAAGGCUCUCAUAAGAUGUAGAUGACCUAAGUAUUUGUUGGAUCUCUUUUUGAAAUCUAAAAAAUGAUAGUGAAAGUUAAACUAGUUAAAAAAUAAUAAAACAAAGUUUUGAUGUCGUAGUGACGAUGCAUCAGAAUCUUGAGCAUUUGGGAGGAUUGUCAUGUAAUGUCUACAGCUUCAAAGACUUUCUUUGGACAAAAACGACAUGAACAAUCGCUAGAUCUCCUUGCAAAGUCUAAAAAUCAAUGAAGUGGGUUAUUGAAUCGUCUUUGAUGAUUGUCACCCGAUAGAGCAGAAAAAUGAUAACUUUGUGGAUCUACGACGACCAUCACUCGAUAGAGGUUGGGCGCGUCCUAAGGAGUUUCAUCCUCAAGUCUAUAUAACAAGAUGAGGCUCUUCAUUGCAUCUAGUACACUCUCAAGAGGUGGCAACUUAUUUCCUGACAGAUCAUCCUCUUCUUGACGACGGCUUGUUCGUCGAUUAAUUAG